GAAUUUGGGCAAUAAUCUCGAUAAUCAAAGAGCUUAUCGAUACAUCGAAAUUCUCUAUCGAGAAGUUUACAUUUUUGUAAGGAAAACUCCGCGUAGCGUGUGCCAAGGGUUUCGUCACUGUCGUGAUUCACGCGACUUUGAUUCCAUUAUUAUCGCUUUUUUCGUGUUUCUAUAACUAGUGAGGGAAAUAAAUGUACCCUCUAAGAAGUCAUUUUCAAGCCGUGCAAAGGCUUCAUAAGGUUAUGAACAUUUAGCAUUUUAAAGCGAUCUGAUUAACGUGAUAUUAUAAUAUAAAAAGUGAUUUGGCACUACUCACGUUAAAAAUGACAGUUAUGGAUUUUUUUGGUUGUGCCUUUUUGGCCUUUGGCCCACCAUUAGCUAUGUUUACAUUCACCGUUGCGACCGAACCCAUUAGAAUUAUUAUACUAAUAGCAAGUGCCUUCUUUUGGCUUAUUUCUUUAUUGUUAUCGUCGAUUGUAUGGUAUGCUGUGGUACCACUUCAAAAUCACCUUUCAUUUGGACUGGUGUUCUCUGUGUUGUUUCAAGAAGCAUUCAGGUAUCUCUUAUAUUGGGUACUGAGGAAAGCUGAGAGAGGCUUAGAAAAAGUAACAACGACACAUGUAGCAGAUAGCAGACACAUAUUCGCCUAUGUGUGCGGUUUAGGUUUUGGUUUUAUGAGCGGUGCCUUUGCUCUAGUUAACGUCCUAGCAGAUGCAGUUGGGCCUGGAACUAUGGGACUUAGACAAGGCACAGAGUACUUUUUUAUAAUAUCAGCAGCCACCACUCUGUGCUUUGUUCUGCUCCAUACAUUUUGGGGCGUUAUAUUCUUUUCUGCUCUUGACAAAAAAAAUUGGGGCCAAGUUAUUUGGGUUGUUGGCUCACAUUUGUUUGUGUCAUGUAUGACCUUGUUAAAUGUAUAUCAAACUUAUAUAGCCACUACUUUAUCCGCUUAUGUGGUUUUGAUAAUGACAACUGUGCUUGCAUUCAAAGUUGUGGGUGGCAGAGCUCAAAACAUAGCUCACUGUUUUAUAAGAAAGUGAGAAUGAAAAUAUUGAUGAGAAAGUUGAAGCAAAAGUGAACAUCACAGAAUGACAAACGAUUUUUUAAG